AUGGACUCGAACGAUGAGUACGAUUUCACAGUCUUCACUAGCGAUGCAUCCCACUCCCAUAGUUCAGACACUUUUUUCGAGGCAAAAAAGUUCAAGAGGACAGGCAGCGAUGACUUAGCCAGCCAUUUAGUUUCUCGCAUUGAUCAGGCUGAAGCCCUCGGGCAGUCACUUCUCACCAUUAUCCAGCUACAUGAUUAUACGCGAGCAGUUAUCACAGUAUUGGAGAGUGCAAUUACUGGUUUUCCUCCUGAUCUUCUUCAGAAUGUCGUCUAUAGCGCAUCGACUGGCCAAAGAGUUUGUAUGAUUCCAAGAGCCCGCAAGGAUUCCUCAGAUAUUCGAUUCCUCAUCAACUAUCCAUUGGCCACCCUCAAUGAGCGUGCUCUUGUUGGAUUUUUACCUCUGGGAGCUUGGAUUUGCCCCUCUUCAGUGGUCAGGGGCUCCGCAGGACACAGAACCACGAUUUUCUUAAUUUGUACAGACCAGGGAGUGCCUGGACUUGUGGCCUCGCACUUCGCCUCAUACCCGACACAAAUCCAGUAUGCAAGGUGGUUGCGACUACAAAAGCAGCCCUUAUGGAUCUUCGCCGAUUUACUUCAUGUUUUUGGUGACUGGAGCCAAGUCUGGAACGUGACCAAGGGAAAACUAAUCAUAUAUCACCAUGACAUUCACACAUAUCCCCUAACGCGUCCUUUACUCGAUUUGACCCGAGGACUUCACGAAGAAGCCGCCAAGGUCUUGUCGGUGCGCGAGCAGCUUCGGGUUCAUGCUAGCGCACUUACCCGUUUCCUUCAUCUCGAGCAGGUGAAGGGACUCCAUGAGCUUGCAGAGCGGGUGCAAGAGCAUUUUGACGACAUCAACUAUCACGAGGAAACUUCCCAAGUCAUCCUCCGGCAACUUGACAACAUGAUGAGCCUGGCUUUUAACAUCGAAACAAUGACUCAAGGUCAAGCUGUCGCUCGAUUGAACGUGCUCGCAUUUGCCUUUCUUCCAAUUUCCUGGGUGGCGAGUAUUUUUGGAAUGACUCAAUUCUCCAUCUCGGCUGCCUGGUAUCCUUUGUGGGCCUGCCUUGCCUUACUGGUCGUUUUCCUCGUGCCCUUUGCUCUCCCCAUGCGUGGGAUCUAUACCUAUGUGCUUGGUCUCUCCACCAUGCGUUGGUCGUAUAGGAAGACCUCAGGAUCGGCCUCGAUGAUCAAUGUGAAUGAUUCGCUUUCUACACCCUCGGAAGUCAUUCACGCCAAAAUAGAAGGCCCGGAAGAAACGCCAUCGUAUCCCCCCUUUCUGGUAAAUAGAAUCGGUGGAGCCGAGCAACCUCAUACCUCUGCUGCUUUACAGGACAGCUCUUUGCUCAAGCACAAUCCCGCGCAGCGUGCAGGGCGCUCAUUGCUGCAAUAUACACCAAUUUUUGCGCCCCUGGAUACAUCAGUGAGAUCUUCCAUGACUCCAGAGGCCAAGCUGUCUGUGGGAUUGUCUGGCCAUGGGGGGAGGGCGCCGAAAACAUUCGAGAUAGAGGCAUCCCCACAGUCCUGCUCAAACAGCCUGAUGACGCCAUCAUCGCCAGUAAAGGGGACUGAUGAAAAGAUCUCGGAUCUCGAAGGCCAGAUAUCUAGUUCCUAA